CGCUCGUCAGGCGAGGAGCAGCUCGGACGUCAUGGCCACCUUGCCGAUCUUCCAGGCGGGCAGGCUGCAGGUCACCGUGAGGAACACCUUCGUCGACGUGGCGGGCCCGCGCAGCCCCUGCGCCGCGCGGAGCUCCUCGACGCCGCCCUCGCUCCACCCGGGCCCCGCCGAGCGCGGCGCCGCCGAGGCCGGGCUCCCCGCCGCCGGCGGCGACGGGGCGGCGACGGAGCACUCGGAGGCCCUCGGCUGCGGGGAGCUCGAGGAGGACCCGUCCAUUCCGGACACGGACGACGAGUGGGAGGUUGCCAGCUCUCACGCGCCCCACCCCAGGCGCCUCGCAGAUGUGGGCGGGGGCCUCCGUCUGGCGCCCUGCGCCGGGCCGGCCUGCUCCUCCCCGCUCGGCGCCGGCGGCGUGGUCCUGUGCUGCUCCCCGGUCGUGAACGUGAUCGUGUGCCCAAGCGUCCCCGCCUACCGCGACGAGGUCAUCGUGGCGUCGGACCCCAGGGGGCCCCCUGCGGGCCAAGGCACCAGUCCUCGGCGUCGCAGGUGCAGCAGGUGCCGCGGCCGCAUGGGCGACAGCUGCCCGUGCGCUCUGCGUCAGGGCGGCAAGAAGAGCGCCGCGUGCGGCCUGGCGCUGGCCGCGCCGACGCCCGCGCUGCCGCGCUCGCACGCGCACGCCAUCGCUGUCAAGAACGUGCUCGUGGACCCGGGCCGCCCCCAGGACGCGCCCCGGGCGCUGGCCGAGACGAGGCUCAAAGUGCGCUGCGCCGGCGGGCACGAGGGCAUCGUGGUGGAGCGCGUGGUGCAGAGGUCCCGGCUGAGCGGCAAGGCGCGGGAGUGGCUGGCGGCCCGCGGCGCCGUGGGCCCAGCUGCGCCGGCAGCGGCGGGGCGCACGAAGCUGAGCAGCAGGGCCCGCGCCUUUGAGCCCGUCGAGUUGGGCGCCGUGCGGGCGCCCGCCAAAGAGGCGACGUCUGCCGACGCGGAGCUGCCGCGCGAGAAGGCGGCCGAGCCGACGGCGCCGAGCACGGCGCCCGAGACUCCGAAGUUCGGCUCCGCGCUGCUGCGCGGCUUGGAGGAGGUCCUGCGGAGGUGCGCCUUCGUCUCCGGGGUCACCAUCUCGGCCCGCGGCGCGGGGGGCUGGCGCGUGCAAAUCGACGUGCACGGCCGGUACCUCUACCUGAAGGAGCACGUGCUGGCCUGCGCUCAGGAGAGGCUCUCUUCGACGGCCUGGACGAGAUGGAGGCGCUGCGGGCGCGCGGGCCGGCGGCUGGGCGCAGCAUCCCCGAGACGGUCUUCGACCUGCAGGUGGGGUGCGCAGGCCCAAGCUGAGCGCACGGCGCAACGGCGGUCCCCGCAGGCGCCCCCUGGUGGGGUCAGAGGGGGGCGAGUCGAGACAACGGUGCCGGGGGGUCUCGGCUCGCCCCGCUCUCCAACGGGGGGCCGGCCUCGGGCACGCUCUCGAGGGCCUCGGGUCUCACCGGUCGGUCGAGGGGCUGACGUGGGGGCGUUGGCCUCGGGCACGCUCUCGAGCGCUCUGGGUCUCACCGGUCGGUCGAGGGGCGCCGGGGGCGUCCACGCCCUCGGAACACCUUCAGGGCCGCCAAGCCUUGCUACAUCUUCGAGCGCCUUGCGGACACCCGUCCUCGUGUGGUCCCUGCAUGGGAGCCUCAGGGGAUCCCACAAUUCCGCUUAUGCGGUUUUGAGGAUGUCGCUGGGAGUGCUGCAGAUUUGGUCGACACCUGGACGAAAGCUGGGCGACAGGUUGAAGCGGGGUGUUCGAAGUCUGGGCGAAGUCCGGUCGAAGUCACGGCCCUGCCGGGGCCGCGGAGGUCCACGGAGGCUCCCGCGAGGGCCCACCCGGCCGUCCAAGGCCUCCAUCCGUUUGAGAUAG